UCUACUCUUUGCUGUGUCUGGUCUGUGGUUAAAAAUUUGUCAACAUCAACAACGGUGCUGAUUUUAUUUUGCGAAUUUCAUAAAAAAAAAAUACUUAUUUGUUCGUAGUUAUUAUUAUAAAUAUCUAAAUAACUAUCAUCGUGAUCAGUUUACGCAGUUAACAUCAUCGUGUGAACAUUGUGUUGAGCUGGUCAUCAUGGAGCAGGUGCUGCAGCAGGUGGCACAGACGGUGGAGCGGCAGCUGGACAAUGAGCUGGACAGGCUCGAUGCACUGGACAACAGCGACCUGGAGGCUAUCCGGCAGCAGCGCAUCGCAGAGAUGAAGCAGCGCGCCAAGCAGAAGCAGGAGUGGCUCGCCAUGGGUCACGGAGAGUACUCGGAGCUGUCCGACGAAAAGGAGUUCUUCACUGUAUGCAACAAGAGCGAGAAUGUGGUGUGCCACUUCUACCGCGACGACACGCCGCGCUGCCGCAUAGUGGACAAGCACCUCAGGAUCCUCGCCGCCAGACACGUGGAGACGAGAUUUGUGAAGCUUAAUGUGGAGCGAGCACCGUUCCUGACAGCUCGUCUCAAAGUGCGGAUCAUCCCCACCAUCAUGCUGAUCAAAGGCAACAAGACCACAGACUUCAUCGUGGGCUUCACAGAGCUGGGCAACCGGGACGACUUCACCACUGAGAUACUGGAGUGGAGGAUAGCUAGAUCCCAGGUGGUGGAGUACUCCGGAGACCUGACAGUUCCUCCGGCUGAAGCCAAGAAGCAGCGGGCUCUGAACAUCCAGGCCAAGAAGGCGGUCCGGGGAAGAGCUGACAGUGACUCUGAUCUGGACAGCGACUAACAUCAUCAUCAUCAACCAUAAUCACUAUCGUCAUCAUUCAAAUCCUCAAUAGCUCAACGUUAAAGGAGUUGGACUCAUCACCAAGAGGUGGUGGUUAGAACUGGACUAUUGUUGUGCCAACUCCUGACACAGUGUUUUCCUAGUAGUUGAGGAAUGGGAAAUUUGGUCAUAUUUGAAAGAUAUGGAAAGUAUUAAAAAAAUCACCAUCGUCAUCUUCAUCAUCAUCCAUCAUCAUCAUCCAUCACCAUCAUCUUAUUGGCCUAGAGGCAUAGCAUUCACUGUCAACCAUUAUACAGGAUUUUUUUUGUUGUGUUAAUUUUUUUGGUGGUUCUCUAUUAUUGAAAAUCAUUUUACCUUUAGCAGUUCUCUUUAUGAAAAUUAUUUAAAAAAAAUAGUCUCAUCAUCAUCAUUUCUUCAUCAAAUCAAAAAUUGUAAACAAUUUUCAAAUCCAUUCCAAUUGAUAAUUUUUUUUUUAAUUUGUCUAAUCUAAAUAAUUGCUUAUUAAUUAUGAUUUAGAAAUCCAAAUUUUUAAUGUUUAGCUUAUAAUGAGUGCAUCAUCAUCAUCACUACACUACAACUAGGACUUGAGUUGUAAAAUGAAAAAACAAACAAUAAACUAUGUCUACUUUAAAAAUGCUAGAUCCUUAUGCUGUAAAGUUAUAAAAAAAAAACAAUCUGAACAGGGUAGAGAACCACGUUUUCUAACUUCUAACCUGGUGGCUAAAACAGGAACUAACUUCACAUCCAUUCUCGGGUCGCCAUUUUGAUUUUAUUUUUAUUUAGUUUAGUUUGCUGUCUAAUCUGUUGUUUACAGUAAAUUGUAUUGUUUUUUUCGUUUUGUAGUUAUAAACUGCAUAAAUAAUGCGUAAAGCAAUAAGAAGUGCACAAAACUUGAUACUAAAAGCGCGACAACAGCGACAUCCUCACUGAACUAAAUAAGUUUGUGGCACUUUAUCAUAAUUAUUUAGGCUUUGCCUUUGUAUUUUAAAGAAUACUCAAGAAUUAAAUAUGACUAGACACAUUCUAUGGUCACCAAUAUUUCUGUCCCAUAGAGAUAAAUUGGAAAAAGUGAUAAAUUUAAUUCGAGAAACUACUGUACUGUAUUGUGUAGACUAUUUAUACAGUACAAUACUGUAAUUUAAAAGCGUGAAAAGCUAAAAGCCAGUUAGCCUGUAAUCUUUCACACAUCUAACUUUAUUUAUCUGUUUUCAAUGAGCUUAUUGCUUGAUGUGAUAUAAUUCAAUUUGUAUUUUGGAAAGGCUUGUAUUUUAUGAUAUGGGUCCAGCUGACAUAAGUGUUUCUUUCAUGUGUUUUAGGGAUUUUUGAAAGAAAUAAUUUAAUAUUUUAUUAUGAGACAUAUAACUAACUAUUAAUUUAUAUUAUAAAAUUAUAGUAUUGUAUUUAAAUUGUAAAAGUGCUAGUGCGUUUUUAUUAUUAAUAAUUAUUUUUAAUUUUUUU